AUGAAUACGCUGGAUUUUAAAUCUUAUCAAAUGAAGUCACCCUCCUUAGUACUCCCGCGACAUUCUGUCAGCUCACCUACUACUUCAUUAAACAUCCCGCAACAUAAAUUCCCAAAAAACGAAUCUAAUGGACUUCAAAUAGACACUUCAUCCUACAAUUCAAACAAACCCCGAAGACUUUGGGUGAAAAGAGGUAACAAUGGGAACCCUACAACUGUUUUAGCAGAAAAAGAUAGUAUAGUUGAUGAUUUAAAAUCCUUGAUUGUAAAUAAAUAUCCAAAUACAAUUGGAAGAUUUGAUGAUGCAGCUAAUUUGAUAUUGAAAAUUCAUUUUCUGAAUUCAAAUAUACCUUCAACUUCACCGACUGCCAAAUUGACAGAUUCAAAAGAUUUAAUACUAGAGCCAGAUCAAAAUGUUUGGGAAAUGCUAGACAACUAUUUCCCGCAAGGCAUGCAAAUGAAAGAUGCACUCAUAAUUGAUAGUGAUAGUACUGAUCAACUUGAAACAUACGCAAAACCAUCUCCACAAAUCGAAACAACAAACUUCAAAAAUUUCCCAUUGAACAAAACUCACACUGCAGGCAGUAAAGAUCGUUCAAUGUCACCAUCAAUACCGAAUCAAAAACUGUUACAAAGAUCAACAUCCCAAACAAAUGUCAUAACUUCCGCAAAUACAAAUCCACAAGCUGUACUUUUAUUACCAAAAAAUUUCUCAAUCAAUAAUAACAAGAAGACCUUGAAUGAUUCUACCGAGUUGGAUCCAAAAUCUGAUGAUCAACAACAGGAAAAACUCACAACACCUCCUCCUGAUAUCAAAACAAUAACAAAAGAAACUAAACCAGAGAAAACUGUAGAUCCUGCAUUGGAUAAAGUAUUGCCUUCAAUCUCAGUUUUGGUGGUAGAAGAUAAUGCAAUCAACCAAGCAAUCUUGGGAGCAUUCUUAAGGAAAAGGAAAAUAAAAUACCAAAUUGCUAAAAAUGGACAAGAAGCAAUAGAUAAAUGGAAAAAAGGUGGAUUUCACUUAGUAUUAAUGGAUAUCCAAUUACCUGUGAAAUCUGGUAUAGAGGCAACGAAAGAAAUUAGGCAAUUGGAAAAAUUAAAUAAGAUAGGUGUUUUUGACGAUAAAGAAUUAAGUAAAUUGGCCGUGGAUGAUUUGACUACAGAAGAUAGACUAGAUAGCUCAACAUUCAGAUCACCUGUCAUCAUAGUUGCCUUAACUGCAUCUUCAAAUUCAUCUGUUGAUCGAAAGAACGCAUUGACAGCAGGGUGUAAUGAUUAUUUGACCAAGCCAGUCAACUUGGUGUGGCUACAGAAUAAAAUAACGGAGUGGGGUUGCAUGCAAGCACUUAUAGAUUUUGAUGGUUGGAAAAGUAAAAAUAAUUGGAACAGCACAUCUACUUAA